AUGGGGGGGCUGCCCCUGGCCCUGGGGCUGCUGGCGGCGGCGCUGGGCGCGGUGGCGCCGCAGUCCUGCCCGGCUCAGUGCUCCUGCUCGGGCAGCACCGUGGACUGUCACGGGCUGGCGCUGCGCGGCGUCCCCAGGAACAUCCCCCGCAACACGGAGAGGCUGGAUCUUAAUGGAAAUAAUAUCACAAGAAUCACCAAGACUGACUUUGCUGGUCUAAGACACCUUCGAGUCCUUCAGCUCAUGGAGAACAAGAUUAGUACUAUUGAAAGGGGAGCAUUCCAAGAUCUAAAAGAGCUGGAGAGGCUGCGUCUAAACAGAAAUAAUCUUCAACUGCUUUCUGAAUUACUCUUUCUGGGAACGCCGAAGUUAUACAGACUUGACCUUAGUGAAAACCAGAUUCAGGCAAUUCCCAGAAAGGCUUUCCGUGGGGCUGUAGAUAUUAAAAAUCUGCAACUGGAUUACAACCAGAUCAGCUGUAUUGAAGAUGGGGCAUUUAGGGCUCUUCGCGACCUGGAAGUGCUCACUCUCAACAACAACAACAUCACACGAUUAUCAGUGGCAAGUUUCAACCACAUGCCCAAACUCAGAACCUUUCGACUCCACUCCAACAACCUCUACUGUGAUUGCCACCUGGCCUGGCUGUCUGAUUGGCUGCGUCAGCGCCCCCGGGUUGGGCUCUACACUCAGUGCAUGGGCCCGUCCCACCUGAGAGGACACAAUGUAGCAGAAGUUCAAAAAAGAGAAUUUGUCUGCAGUGAUGAGGAAGAAGGUCAUCAGUCUUUUAUGGCUCCCUCCUGCAGUGUUUUGCAUUGUCCCACUGCAUGUACCUGUAGUAACAACAUUGUGGACUGUCGGGGGAAAGGCCUUACUGAUAUCCCAACCAAUCUUCCAGAAACCAUUACUGAAAUACGGUUGGAGCAGAAUUCAAUCAAGGUCAUCCCUCCUGGAGCUUUCUCACCAUAUAAAAAGCUUCGAAGAAUUGAUCUGAGCAAUAAUCAGAUCUCUGAGGCAGCUCCAGAUGCUUUUCAGGGCCUGCGUUCACUCAACUCUCUUGUCCUCUAUGGGAAUAAAAUUACAGAACUUCCAAAAGGUCUGUUUGAAGGACUCUUCUCUCUACAGUUGCUAUUAUUAAAUGCCAACAAGAUAAACUGUCUGCGCGUAGAUGCUUUCCAAGAUCUACACAACCUGAACCUUCUCUCUCUGUAUGAUAACAAGCUUCAGACCAUUGCUAAGGGCACCUUUUCACCUCUCCGUGCAAUUCAGACUUUGCAUUUGGCUCAGAAUCCAUUUAUCUGUGACUGCCAUCUGAAGUGGCUGGCGGAUUAUCUUCAUACUAACCCUAUUGAGACCAGUGGUGCCCGUUGUACCAGCCCCCGCCGUCUGGCGAACAAAAGGAUCGGCCAGAUCAAAAGCAAGAAAUUCCGCUGCUCAGGCACAGAAGAUUACAGAUCAAAACUAAGUGGAGACUGCUUUGCAGAUCUGGCCUGCCCUGAAAAAUGUCGCUGUGAAGGAACCACAGUGGACUGCUCCAAUCAAAAGCUCAACAAAAUUCCUGACCAUAUUCCUCAGUACACAGCAGAAUUACGACUCAAUAACAAUGAAUUCACGGUACUAGAAGCUACUGGGAUCUUUAAGAAGCUUCCUCAGUUGCGUAAAAUAAAUCUGAGCAAUAAUAAGAUCACAGAUAUAGAAGAAGGAGCAUUUGAAGGAGCAUCUGGUGUGAAUGAACUGUUGCUCACAAGUAAUCGUUUGGAGAAUGUCCAGCACAAGAUGUUCAAAGGACUAGAAAGUCUCAAAACAUUGAUGCUAAGGAGCAAUCGUAUAAGCUGUGUAGGUAACGAUAGUUUCACAGGACUAAGUUCUGUUCGUCUGCUUUCCUUAUAUGACAACCAAAUUACUACAGUCGCUCCAGGAGCCUUUGAUACUCUCCAUUCACUCUCUACAUUAAACCUCUUAGCCAAUCCUUUCAACUGUAACUGUCACCUGGCUUGGCUGGGAGAUUGGCUGAGGAAGAAACGCAUUGUAACUGGAAACCCUCGCUGUCAAAAACCCUACUUCCUAAAGGAGAUUCCCAUCCAGGAUGUGGCAAUUCAAGAUUUUACUUGCGAUGAUGGAAAUGAUGACAACAGUUGUUCUCCACUGUCUCGCUGCCCCGCAGAAUGUACCUGCCUGGACACAGUAGUUCGUUGCAGCAACAAAGGCCUUAAGGCUUUGCCCAAAGGCAUCCCAAAAGAUGUAACUGAACUUUAUUUGGAUGGAAACCAAUUUACCCUUGUUCCCAAAGAACUGUCUAACUACAAGCAUUUGACACUUAUAGAUUUAAGUAACAACAGAAUCAGCACUCUUUCUAAUCAGAGCUUCAGCAACAUGACUCAGCUGCUCACCUUAAUUCUUAGUUACAACCGUCUGCGGUGUAUCCCUGCACGGACAUUUGAUGGGUUGAAGUCGCUUAGGUUGUUGUCUUUACAUGGCAACGAUAUUUCUGUUGUUCCUGAAGGAGCUUUUAAUGAUCUUUCAGCAUUAUCACAUCUUGCUAUUGGAGCAAACCCACUUUACUGUGAUUGUAACAUGCAGUGGCUAUCCGACUGGGUUAAGUCAGAAUACAAAGAACCGGGUAUUGCACGUUGCGCUGGUCCUGGAGAAAUGGCAGAUAAGCUACUUCUCACAACUCCAUCUAAAAAAUUUACUUGCCAAGGGCCUGUGGAUGUUAAUAUUCUUGCCAAAUGUAGCCCCUGCUUAUCAAAUCCAUGUAAAAAUGAUGGAACUUGUAACAAUGAUCCUGUUGACUUCUACAGAUGUACCUGUCCUUAUGGCUUUAAGGGCCAAGAUUGCGAUAUUCCAAUUCAUGCCUGCAUCAGUAAUCCUUGUCAACAUGGUGGAACUUGCCAUUUGAAGGAAGGAGAAAAAGAUGGAUUCUGGUGUGCUUGUGCAGAUGGAUUUGAAGGUGAAAACUGUGAAGUGAAUGUUGAUGACUGUGAAGAUAAUGACUGUGAAAAUAAUUCUACCUGUGUAGAUGGAAUAAAUAACUACACGUGUCUUUGUCCACCUGAAUACACAGGUGAGCUGUGUGAAGAGAAAUUAGAUUUCUGUGCCCAAGACCUGAACCCUUGUCAACAUGAAUCAAAGUGCAUCUUGACAUCCAAGGGAUACAAAUGUGACUGCACACCUGGAUAUAUAGGUGAGCAUUGUGAUAUUGACUUUGAUGACUGCCAAGAUAACAAGUGUAAAAAUGGAGCCCAGUGCACUGAUGCAGUAAAUGGAUAUACUUGUAUAUGCCCAGAAGGAUACAGUGGCCUCUUUUGUGAGUUUUCACCACCAAUGGUUCUACCUCGCACCAGUCCUUGUGAUAAUUAUGAGUGUCAGAAUGGAGCCCAGUGCAUCAUAAAAGGAAAUGAACCAAUUUGUCAGUGUUUGUCAGGUUAUCAGGGAGAGAAAUGUGAAAAGCUGGUCAGCAUAAACUUUGUGAACAAAGAAUCCUACCUGCAAAUUCCUUCAGCCAAGAUCCAUCCCCAGACCAAUAUCACGCUGCAGAUUGCUACAGAUGAAGACAGUGGCAUCCUUCUGUACAAAGGUGACAAAGAUCACAUAGCAAUGGAAUUGUACCGUGGUCGAGUGAGGGUCAGUUAUGACACAGGAUUGUAUCCAGCAUCUGCCAUUUACAGUGUUGAGACAAUCAAUGACGGGAAUUUUCACAUAGUGGAGCUGCUAGCCAUGGAUCAGAUUCUGUCUCUCUCUAUUGAUGGAGGAAGCCCCAAGACCAUAACCAACUUGUCUAAGCAAUCUACUUUGAAUUUUGAUUCUCCACUUUAUGUAGGAGGCAUGCCUGUGAAAAAUAACAUUGCAGCUCUACGCCAGUCCCCAGGCCAGAAUGGCACCAGCUUCCACGGCUGCAUCCGUAAUCUGUACAUCAAUAGUGAACUGCAGGACUUCAGAAAUGUGCCACUUCAAGUGGGAAUUCUUCCAGGUUGUGAACCCUGUCACAAGAAAGUGUGUGGGCAUGGAACCUGCCAUGUUACCAGCCAAUCAGGCUUUACCUGCGAGUGUGAAGGAGGAUGGACUGGACCACUUUGCGAUCAGCAAGCCAAUGACCCUUGUCUUGGAAAUAAAUGUGUGCAUGGUACCUGCUUGCCAAUCAAUGCAUUUUCAUACAGUUGUAAAUGCCUGCAGGGACAUGGGGGAGUCCUCUGUGAUGAAGAGGAAAUGCUGUUUAACCCCUGCCAGUCCAUCAGGUGUAAACAUGGCAAAUGUAGGCUUUCAGGCCUUGGGAAACCAUAUUGCGAAUGCAGCAGCGGAUACACGGGGGACAGCUGUGAUAAAGAAGUCUCUUGUCGAGGGGAACGAAUCAGAGAUUACUACCAAAAGCAGCAAGGGUACGCUGCGUGCCAGACGACCAAGAAGGUAUCGAGACUAGAAUGUAAAGGAGGAUGUUCAAAUGGGCAGUGCUGUGGACCGCUAAGGAGCAAGAGACGGAAAUACUCUUUUGAAUGCACUGAUGGGUCCUCAUUUGUGGACGAGGUGGAGAAAGUGGUAAAGUGUGGCUGUACAAAUUGCCCCUCCUAAAUGUGCCCCCGUCACACUUGUCUUUUGAAAAUGUUGUAUACUUAUUGACCGUGUCGGACUAAUUAAUGCUUCAUAGUGGAAAUAUUUGAAAUAUAUUGUAAAAUACAGAACAGACUUAUUUUUUAUUAUGGGAAUAAAGACUUUUUCUUCAUUUGAAAAAUGAUUCAAGUGCUUGAACUGAGACUUCUUAUAAUCAAGAGGAGCUUUGAAGAAAAAAAAGAACCUGGUAACAUUGAAACAGUGAUGGCAAACGUAACUGCUUUUAACAUGGAUUCUUCUUUAUAACAUGCUGAAGAUACACUGACAUUAUACACAUGUGACUUUCAACCUAAAGCUCAUUGAUGAACAGUUGACCAGAAUAAGAGGCUUGCCUUUUCACUUUCAUAUCAAUAUAUUAUAUUGUCUUGACAGAGCAUAGCAAUCACUUACCUAUGGAUGAUGAAGAGUUAUGAGUGAAAGAAAUCAGAUUAUACAGCUAUAACAGAUGUAUGUGAUGCAUUUUGUGUGGCAAAAUUAUUGACCAUCUUGGGAAGAUGGGGGUUCACAUAAUAGAUGGGAGAGUUUAAGAUGUGAAAAUGUACUCUAAUCCUAAAAUCUCCUGAUGGUGUACACAUUUGUCAGCAUGUUAGCAAAAGAAGCAUACAAAAAGUGUCUUUCUGCCUUUUUUCCAGUAUUAAUUUUUUGUAAUAUAAAUGUUAUGGGAUGAUAAAAUAGAUUAUUGAUGGAUAAAUUAGUAAUAAUAUGAAUUUCUGUUUCUAUGAGUUCUAAACAACUUUAUACAGUAUUCAGUUUCAUUGAGAAAUAUUUAUUGUAUCAAAGUACAUUGUACUUAACCUUUUUAGGCCAUCCCUUUUACUGUUUUUCAAUGCUUUAAUAUAUAUUAAUUUAUAUUUGUCCUGGUAUUUUUGUAUUUUGGUUUUUUUAAAGACUUAAAAUCAGGAUUUUUGCAAUAGAACUAACAUAGCAUGUCAUCUUGGGGUAAACGUUUUUGGUCUGAUUCUUUAUUUUUUCCUUAGCAUCUGACCACUUGGUGUCACUGAAUCUGAAACUGAAAGUGAUAAGCCUGCAAUUUUUAUGUUGAGCGAACAUUCAGGACACCUCCUAAGAACUUGUAAUGUAUGAGAGAAAAUGUCUUUACACUAGAUGGCAAUUGUUUAGAAGUAAAUUUUCCCUAUAUAUACAGUAAAAUGGUGUGUAGAAAAUGACACUAGAAAGUAGACCUCCACAAAUUAAUAUUCCCUUUGAGCUCCUUACCUUUUCUAAAAUAAGAAAAAAGAAAAAAAAGGCUGUACUUUCAAGAACUGUGAGUUUUUCCAGAUAAUAAAACUACUUUAUUGCCCUAAUGUUCCCCAUGUUAACAUGUUGCUGCUAAAUUACAAUGUAGGAUUGGUAACAUUUAAUAGUGGGUUUUGUUCUUCUUUCAUUCAAACCCAGGGUACCCUGUAAAAUGCAGAUUUUUUUCAAUUUCAUUUUAUUUUUUACAAAAAAAAGUUAGAUGUACAUGUGUAAUUCAGUGUGCUUCGUCUUAUUUGGACUGAUAUCAGUAAUGCUACUGAUGUUUGUAAAUUAAACAGAUAUUUACUUCAUUAAUAGAUUUUCUUGGUAUUCUUUUGAGAAUUUUAACUUGUCUUACAGCCUUUAACUAAAUAUCUGUAGUUGCAAAUAAUAUUUGGCAAAACUAAAAAUACAACCCAACCCCAGUUCUAACCUAUGAAUUUCUGACAAGCUAAUAGAGAAAUUUCCAUGCAAUUUUUACAGCCUCAGCACUACAAGUGGUAUCAACUGAAAAUGUGAGUAGUGCGGAUCAUGUGUCUUUAGGAAAAUCUCGGCCUAGCUAUAAGUUGAACAGAAAAGCACCAAAUCUACAGUGCCAAAAUUUAAAGCCAGAUUAAUGAAAAACUUGUAAAUAUAUUAUAAGACAAUAAAACUUCAUAUCUCCCUUAUAUUUUAAGGAGCAUAAAAAUGGCAACUCCAUUGUAACAUUUGAGAGACUACUUUGUUGGUUUUUCAUAGUUUGUUUUUCUUUGUCUUUUCGUUUGAAUUAUUGGACAGUUGGACAAAAUAAUGUUUCUGAAACUCAAGUUGUUUGUUUAACAUUUGAGAAUGCCAUGUUUCUGUUGUCUGGGAUGUAUUUUGGAAUUUGUCUGACCAUCUAGUGAAAUAGGAAUUGGCCUGUGGCUUUUCCUGCAAUUACUAGGAUUUCUGAGUAAGCAAGUAGUCAGCUAUUCUACCUGUGUGAUAACAGGGAUCCUGGUUUUCUCUGUUUAAAAAUCACACAUUUUCUGAUAAAAAA